AUGGACGGGAGAGUGUCCAUUGAAAUCCAGAGGGCCUGUGGCUUCUCCAGCUCAGAAUAUCGUCUCUUUGACAUCACAACCCGAGUUCUGGGCUUUCGUCGAAUCAGGCCAUACGUGAAAUGCAGGCUUGAGUGGGGGCCGACCAGCACCGAGAUGCAGAGCACUUCCUUCGUUGAAGCUCCGGGCGAUGAAAGCUGGUUCGACUGGGGGGACAAGUUGGCUUUUCCGGUGCGCUCCGACUUUUGGAAGGCAUCCCGGUUCAAGGUCGUCGCGGAGGUUUUCGACAAGAGAGAGCUACAGGGCGUUGUGCGUGGAGACUCCUUCAUUGGCACGGGAGAAAUCUUUCUGGAUCCCAACACGGUUGCAUCCUCUCCUCAGCAGGGCCUCAAGGUCUUGCGCGAGGGCAAGAGCGCCGGCGAGUUGAUCCUGGCCAUCACCAUGGAGGCACCAGACCAGGCGCGAGCCAUCAUGGCUGCCAGCACCUCCUGCCCUUUGACAUCUGUGGCCCAUGCGCUCGCGCAAGUGCUCCGAGCACCGAAUGCAGUGGAUUUGCUCAUGGCUGCUCGCCCCCCGAUGCUGGAGCUUUCCGAGGACACUGAGUCCGAGGUCCGUCGCUUGUUCCAAGCGUGGGUGCACCGCUUCUGUCAGCAGACGCUGCAACUCAGUGGUGGAGAGACAGAUGAGCAGACUAUUGGAGCUCUAUGGAAGCUUGCGAGAUCGGCACAGGAAAUAGUUGCGUGCUGUGUGCGAAGCAGCACCGAUGACGUGCAGGACAUUGUUGUUGCUUGGCUCAGAAGCUUCUUCACGGGCUGCGCGGGAAAGGAAGCCCAUCUCAAUGAGGCACGCUUGCGAGGCCUCCUCACAAUGCGUGAGCAGACCGGGGCUGGCCAUGCCAAUCCCAGAGAGGAGUUGCUCCGGAUGGGUGUCAACGUCGACAACCUCCGGAACGACAUGCAGAACGCAGUGCUGGCGCGAUUCAAGGAAGCAGAACAGGGCUCCGAGGAGGAAGUCUUCACUUGUGAGCAGAUCGUCCAAGACGGUCGUGCAAUGCCAGGGCUGUCUGUUGUUCUGCGCAGGUGUCCAGGAUCCGACUCAGGCUUCAAUGUUUUCAUCUACCACACCGACUCGAUUCGCAAGUGGCAGGCCAACUUCUCGUACGACCCAUGCACACGAGCCGCGCUGCGCGCUGAGGAUAUCCUUCCCAUUUGCUGA